CGUCUUGAAAACCUAAAAAGGGCUCUGGGGUAUUUGUCUCUGGGACCUGCAAGAAAGAAAUACACUCAAUGAAAUUUUAAAGUUUUGUUUUACUAUUUUGUUGAAUUUUUCACAAUUUUACAAAGGUCCCAAAGAAACAUCCAGCUAUGGAGUCCAAAAUAAUACCGUGGUAUAAGAAGAAACUUGUAAGCCAUGUUAAAACUGAUUACGCUUGUCACCACAUGGCUCAACAAGUGUCUCAGAAAACAACGGUCAGGAAAUCAGUCAGUCACAAGCAGAAGAGCACAGAGUCCCAGGCCUCAGAGGCGAUGGCACAACCAGCCUACACCGUCCCGGCCUUUCGGGAGAGGUCCCAGGAUGACUCCACCCCCGAGUACCAGCGCGUGUCUGCUAAUGUGGGGAGGGGUCUGGCCGUGAUCCAGGAGGAGCUGCACCGCAUGAGGGUGGCCACCAAGGCCCAGGUCGACAACAUCGCAAUCCAGAAAGAGGUGAAGGAGAAGAUGUUUAAGAGGUCAGAGUUGUUGGAUGAUAUUGGGAAAAUGCCUGACUUCCUGGUGGCUUUGAGGCCUCACACCGUUUGGGAGAAGACUCCAGUGAAACUAUUCUGCACCGUGCAGGGAAACCCCAGGCCCAUCGUCAAAUGGUACAAAGGAGGUGUGCCGGUCGACCCUCUGAGCGCUCCUGGAAAGUACAAGAUUGAGAACAAAUAUGGAGUCCACAGUUUGAUUAUUAGCAGGUGUGCAGUGAGUGAUACGGCUGAAUACAGCGCUGUGGCCACAAACCAACAUGGAACCACGACCAGCAAGGCAAUGGUCAUUGUCAAGAGAGCAAGUGGAUCUGGAGAGCCCUGCCAUCUUGGUUUGGUGCCCCAUCUGUCAGAGAUUCACCCCAGUAAGCUGGAGGUGACUUUUCUGGACUGUUUCCCUGUGAGUUUUGGAGUGGAGGGCGGGACCGUCAGUCUGGCCUGUACCAUGGUCGUAGUGCCAGACCUCCCCAACGUGCCCCCUCUUGUGCAUUGGUACAGAGAUGAUAAGCAGCUGAAGCCUGGUCAACUGGCUGAGAUGUGUGUGGGAGGAGGUGCUGCUCGUCUCACUUUGCCCUCUCUGGCCAAAGAUGACGAGGGUCUGUACACCGUCCGCAUCUUCGCCAAGGAUGGCACCGUGGACCACAGCGCUUACCUCUUUGUCUCAGAUGCAGCCCCCUCUUCUGCUGGGGCCCCUGGAGCCCCCAUGAGCGUGAAGGCGUACGAUGUGAACGCAGACUUUGUACUGGUCGCCUGGAAACCCCCAAACACUGUCAAUGAGGCACCUAUCAGUGGUUACUUCGUUGACCGUUGUGAGUCCGGCAGUGACACUUGGGUGCAGUGUAACGACUCCCCGGUGAAGGUUUGUAAAUACCCGGUCCAUGGGCUGAAACUGGGCCACUCGUACCACUUUAGAGUCCGGGCCGUGAACAGUGCGGGCAUCAGCAGACCCUCCCGCAAGUCUGACAAAGUCACCGCCAUUGACGCUGUGGAGAAUGAACGACUGCAAGUGAUAAAAAUACCUGGGAAAUCUGACAUAGUCAUCAAGGAGCAUGAUCUCGAAGGCGAAGUUACUGUUCCGGGGGAGCCCACAGAGCUGCAUGUGUCUGAGGUGUUUAGGUCCUACGUGGUUUUGAGCUGGACUCCUCCCAAACCACGAGGACGGGCCCCGCUCUGGUACGUCAUCGAGAAGUGCAUUGCAGGCACAGAAGCAUGGCAGCGCAUCAAUACAGCGGUCAAAAUCAGCUCUCCACGAUAUCCGGUCUUUGAUUUAGAGGAGGGAAAGAAAUACCAGUUCAGAGUGUAUUCUGUGAACAUGUACGGGUCGAGUGAGGCGUCUCUGCCCACUGAGCCUGUGCAGAAAGUGGACAUGGGCGGCGUCCCAUCUGCCCCGGGCCAGGUCACUGCCACCAGAAACACAAAGUCAUCAGUGUUUGUUCAGUGGGAUUCUCCCAAACACCUGAAGAACCUGAUGGGAUAUUACAUCGAUGGUAGAGUGGUUGGGUCCAAGGAGUGGUUUCCCUGCAACCACAAACCAUUCAAGCACAACAGGUUUGUGGUGCACGGACUGGUUCCUGGAGAGACGUAUGUGUUCAGAGUUCAGGCCGUGAAUGUGUUUGGUUUGAGUGAAGAGUCUCAGGAGUCCGGCCCCAUCACAGUGGAGCCCGCCCUAGCGACCCCUAGUGCUCCGUUUGGUAUCACAAUGUUGAGUUCUGAUGGUUCGUCCAUCACUGUGGCCUGGAACAGCCCCAAACAUUGCGGGGGAUCCAAAGUAAAUGCUUAUUACAUCGAUAAGAGAAACGCAGACACUCUGGCCUGGAAGGAGGUCAACCUGCAGGCGGUCACCGAGAGGGUCUGCAAGGUGGAGAAUUUGACAGAGGGCACUUUCUACGAGUUUAAGAUCACAGCUGGUAACAUGGCAGGAGUGGGCGUCCCCUCUGCCCCCAGUACUCCUAUGAAGUGUGAAGCCUGGACCAUGGACACUCCCGGACCGGCCUAUGACCUGAGCUUCAGUGAGGUGAGGAGCCACUCCCUUGUUCUGCUGUGGAAGGCUCCUGUUUACAUCGGGGCCAGUCCAGUCACCGGGUACAUUGUCGAAAUGGCCAAAAAAGGAUCUAAAGACUUUGUGGCUCUGAACGAGGAAGCUGUCAGCCAUCGCUACUUCCAGGUGUCUGGACUGGAGGAGGGUCAGUCGUACGUGUUUAAAGUUCGUGCUGUUAACAACAGUGGAGUUGGAAAAGCUUCACUGGUGUCUGAGCCAGUGUGUGCCAAAGCUCUGCCAGGUACCAAGGAGAUUGAGGUAGGAGUGGACGGGGAGACUGGAGACAUCUUUUUGUCUCUGGAAGCCUGUGAAAUCAGUGAGACGUCCAAGUUUGUCUGGUCCAAAAACUACAGCCCAGUCGGAGACUGUCCUCGUGUGUCCACGAGCAGCAAAGGAAGAACCUCCAGGUUGACGUUCACAAACCCUGACAAAGACGACCUGGGGCGAUACUCUGUGGUGGUCACUGACACCGAUGGAGUCUCUGGCAGCCACACCCUCACUGAGGAUGCCCUGAACACCAUGUUGGAGCUCAGUUAUGCCAUCAGACAUCCAGUUGUCCCUCUGAAGCAUGGGCUGAACUAUGAGAUCUUGGAGAAGGGCCAUGUUCGCUUCUGGCUCCAGGCUGUGAAACUGUCCUCCGCUGUGUCCUACAGGUUUAUCGUCAACGACAAAGAAGUCACCAGUGGAGAGGGCCAUAAGAUCAGUCAUGAUGCUGCGACCGGAGUGAUCCAGAUGAUUGUGGAGAACUUCACCAGAGCCAACGAGGGCACCUACACAGUACAGCUCCACGACGGGAAAGCCAAAGCUCAGUCUUCACUGGUGCUGGUGGGAGACGUGUUCAAAGCUGCUCUGAAGGAGGCUGAGUUCCAGAGAAAGGAGUUCAUCAGAAAACAAGGCCCACACUUCUCUGAGUACCUGUACUUUACUGUUACUGAGGACUGCACUGUGCUGCUGGAGUGCAAGGUUGCUAACGUGAAGAAGGAGACAGCUUUCCACUGGUACAAAGAAGAUGAAGAAAUUGUCCCAGAAACUCCUCCCAAUGUGAUGUCUGGGGCCUGUGCUCUGCCUAUUCCCAACUUUUCCAGAAAGGAUCAGGGUGUGUACAAAGCAGUCCUGGGUGACGACAAAGGCAAAGACACGUCUGUGAUCGACAUCUCUGGACAAGUUUUUGACGACAUCAUUAAUGCCCUCGCUCAGGUUGCUGGUGCGUCUGCCUCUGACCUGGUGCUGCAGUGCACUCCUGAAGGCAUCAGGCUCCAGUGUUACAUGAAGUACUACACCGAGGAGAUGAAGACCGUCUGGAAACACAAGGAGAGUAAGAUUGCAUCGUCAGAGAAGAUGAGGAUUGGAGGUACAGCGGAGAUGGCCUGGAUGCAGAUCUGUGACCCAUCCGACAAAGAGAAGGGACAGUACUCCAUCGAAAUCUCAGAUGGAGUCCAGACACACACACGCACCUUUGACCUCUCUGGACAAGCCUACACUGAUGCCUAUGAUGAGUACCUCAGGCUCAAGGCAGCUGCAUUUGCUGAGAAAAACCGUGGCAGAGUUGUUGGUGGUUUGCCUGAUGUCGUCACCAUCAUGGAGCAAAAGUCCCUGAGCCUGACCUGCACUGUUUGGGGUGACCCGACUCCUGAGGUCACAUGGUUCAAGAAUGAGCAGGAAGUCGCCUCCACCGAGCACACCAAGGUCACAUUUGAUGGGGGCAAAUUUGCCAGCUUGGUCAUCAACCAAGUCACGCCUGAAGACUCCGGCAAGUACAGCAUCAACGUCCGAAACAAAUAUGGCGGUGAGUUUGUGGAGAUCACCGUGAGCGUCUACAAGCACGGCGAGCCGCUGCCAGAGCCUAAACUGGGUCAAGCCAGACCAACAUCCACACCUACACCUGUCGCUACACCUGCCUCUACACCUGCCCCUCCAAAAUCACCCGCCCCUCCCUCCAAGACGCCCACCCCAACGCCCUCCAAACCUCAGACCCCCGCUCCCUCCGUCAAGAGCCCUACUCCUGCACCAUCCAUGAAGAGUCCUACACCUGCUUCUACUCCUGCAUCCACACCUGCUCCGAAAUCACCAACCCCCACCCCAAAGUCUCCGACCCCCACCCCGAAGUCACCCACCCCAACCCCACCCCGUGGAGUCAAGUCACCCACUCCACCGCGUUUCAUGAAGUCCCCAACCCCUCCCAGGAAGUAGACCGAGCCCAGAGAUCUACUGUAGCCCAGACCAGGGCUACAACAGCAGUGUGUGCAGUGUGGAGUUUGAUGUUUAGAUGUAGAUAAGGUUUUUAGUUCAGGUUUUUGGUUUAAAGCACUGGACUAUACAACAAGAGGGAAAAAAGGACUUUAAGAGAGAUCUGAACUUAGGCCUUGGUUACAUGGAUAUUUUUGUAAAGAUAUUAAUUUUUUUGUUACAAUGUAGUUUCAUUCACAUAACCAAAAAUGAGCAAGACAUGGUUGGUAGAAAGCAAAGAUUUUAGCUUUUUGAACAACAAAUGCUGAAAAAUAUAUAUAUAUAAAAAAUACAAUUCAGAAUAUAAACAAAUAGACAUUGUCCAGUGUUAGUUCCAGCAAAAUUAUUAUUAGUUUAUGGCUUCAUGCUUGAUUGCUAGAUUUCUUUCGCUACCAGCCAGUUACAGUGACAAUUAUACAAGAAGUGUCUUGCCCAGUGAAGUAAAGUAGCUUUUGAACCAUCAACCGUAGUUAAAUGAUAACCACUAGACCAAAGCACUAAAAUGUCUUCAUAAAAAUAUCUAUGUAGCCAAGGUUGUAUUGAUAGUGUCACGUGGAGCGAUUUUUCAAUGGAGACAGCUGAAAGUUACAAUACAAAUGGAAAUAAAGAGUUGCACCUUCCACAAAACAAAGUGGAACGCCUAUUUAUCAUAUUUAAUUUACAUAAUAGCUAUGUAACAAACACUUAAAAUUGUUGAUAAAAUAUAUGGAAAGUUAACAUAUAUUUCUUGAGGCCGUAGUUGCAAUAAAUUUACAUGGGGGAUGUAUGUCUUAUUAUUUCGAGGUUGUAAGAAGGAUCAUUUUUGUCUUUUGGAGGAAAUAAAGGUUUAAACAUUUUAAGCCUGGUUUUAACACUGGUCACAUGUGUUUGAAGCUUGUGAUGACAAUAAACGUCACUUGUCAACCUC